UUGGUUAAAACAAAGCAGGAAAAAAAAUUUUUUUAGGCGGCGCUUUCUUUUGAUAAAAAUUUAUUUUAUUCAUUUUUUAAUGUUCAUUCUCAUGCAUUUUUUGGGGUUUUUAUUUUUUAAUUAUUAUUGUGUGAAAUUAUAGGAAGAAUAUUUUGAUUUUUGACCAGAAAAGGAAAUUACAAGUUUUUUUUAAAUAAGGAAAUGAUGUCAAAAAUCUUAAAAGAAUUUUUUUGUACUUUUCGUUUUGUUUGUUCAAUUGUUAGGAUGGUCAUAGGGAUCAGGGUUGUCUGAAAAUGGAAAAAAAAUCUGCAGUCCAUAAUUUUUCUUUUUAAAUCCGCAGUUCGUAAUUCCGAAGUCCGCAGGUCAAAAAACCACAUGAUUCGCAAUUAUGGACAUCUAUGAUAGGAUAUUUCAAUGUAUAAAUAAGUUUCCCUACUGAUUUUGGGACCUAUGGCCCCAAUGAGUCUUGGAUAGAGUACAGGGUCCUGUUGAAGAAAAGGAAUUUUUUUAUUAUUUUUGUUAUUGCCAUUCCGAUAUGUCUCUGUUUUUUUUCUCGAUCCUUUAGCUUUAACUUUUGUAUAUAGGUGUGAAUUUUAAGGACUUUUUUUUUACUUUUUUAAUUUUUUUAUCGGCAAAAUGUGAAAAAUUUUUUUUUGUUAAUUUGACCAACUGAAAAUAAUUUACAUAUCCCCUCGCAACUUCCAAAAAUUUCUAUUUUUAUCGAAGACAAAAGCGAGAAAAAAAUUUAGAGGAAGGGCAGGGGAUUUUUGAUUAAGUUUUUGAUUAAUUUUGAUUAAGUCUCUUGAAUUUGUUUAUUUAAUUUUAAUGUUGUUUAAAGAUUUGAGAGAGUAAGGGAAAAAGAAUCACGGGAAUAAAAUCAUAAGUUGGGGAAGAAGGAGAGGGAAAAAAGGUGGGCUGCGCGUCAAUGUCGCCAAUAUAAAUGAAUGCCGCGGCACGCGCAAAAAAAAAAUUAAGAAUUUCGGGAGGGCGCUAUCUGCCAGCAUUUUCUUUUUAUCUUUUUCCUUAUCCUCUAAUAUAUUUUUUUUCAAAAAAUCGAAUUUUUUGGCAGGUCGCAUGGAGUUGAGGAGGGGAGAGGGAAGAGAGGGCUAAGGAAAAAAGAAAGGCAGUCUUUGAUUAAGUCUCUUGAAUUUGUUUAUUUAAUUUUAAUUAUAAAAAAACUUGUAGAAUUUUUUAAAAAUAAUUUUUAUUGUUUAGUUGAAGGAUUAGCUAAAAAAACAAAAUUAAAUUAACUGAAUAUUUUUUUGGAAAAAAAUUUUGUCAGCUUAUAGACUAGGGUUAGGGGGAUCCUGCCGUAUUUUAAAAAACGGAAGAAAAUAAAAAUUGAAACGGAGAAGAUCCAAAAAUUAAAAUCCCUGUUGCAAACCUACCUUAUUCUUCCAUUUGUUUGCAACCUGAUUUUUCGAUUAAUUUAUUUUCUAAAUCAAAUGACCAAAAUGUUGUGUUUAAACUUUUAUUUUUGUAGCUAAUUUAAUUACCAAAAUUAAUUUAUAAAAUUAAAAUAAAAGUUUGGAGAAAAGUUGGUUGUUUUUUUUUCAAACCUCUCUUCUCCUUGUUACCCCUCAUGUGUGUGUUUCUAUACCUUUCUAAUGGAAUGACCAAAAAUUUUAUUUUAGCUUCUAUUUGGUAGCUAAUUUAAUUCUCUAUCUAAUGAUACCUAAAUUAGUUUAUCUAAACAUUCAAGUGUUUGAGUUUUACGGCUCCGACUUGACUGAUCUCCUUAUUCAAAUUUUAGAGGGAUCUAGGGGGCUUUUAUUUUUUUUCCUUCUUUUUUGGCCGUUAACCUCCCCCCUCCCCUUCCUUUUCCUCCAUUAACCUCACCUCUUCCCUUCCUUUCUUCCUUUUUUCUCCCCACCCACCUUUCUUCUUCUUUCUUCUUCUUUCUUAUCCUCCGCUCUUCACAUCCUUCUUUUUUCUUCCUUCCCCACCUUUUUUCACAUCCCCUUCCCUCCCUUGUUUGGCCAAAGAAAAAAAAUUUUUUCCCUUUAAAAAAAUUUUUUUUCAAUCGCUACUUAUUUGCAUUGUUGUCAAAUUUUUAUAUUUUUUUAUAUGCGCGAGCAUUUUUAUUUAUUCAAAAACUCUGGCUAUAUUGCUUUUGCCUUUAUUUAUAUUUGACUUUUUUAAUUUUUAUUUUGCCUUUUUUAUU